AUGAGUGAAGGCGAGCGUACGUUAAUCGACAAGUCGGAGAGUAGUUCCUUUGAAGACUUGGCUUCAGCUGCAGCUCACGAAAUAGAGGAAGCUAAGGCAGCUGAGGCAGCAGCCGCAGAGAAAAGUAAGCAAAAGGAUGAGAAAUCCGACGAAUGGCAGGAUGUCCUAGGCUCAGGAUCAAUACUGAAGAAGAUAAUAAAUCAAGGAGAUGAAACAGAGGGCUUAAGACCACAACGAAGUGAUAUUUGUCGAAUAAGCUAUGAGGUUAGAUUAAGAGAUGGCAAUAGAGAUUUAGUUGAGGAGAGGGACCAAGUCAAGAUAUACCUGGGUGACAAUGAAAUAUUGCAAGGACUGGAUUUAGCAUUGACCUUAAUGUAUAAAGGUGAAAAAUGCAUACUACAGUUAGCCCCGAGGUUUGCCUAUGGCGACACAGGCUUAAGCCCCAGGGACAGUUUGGGUAUGGUUGGAGAUAUGGAUGAUCCUAAGUAUAGGGGGCCUCCGAUUGGACCGGAAACUUGGUUGGAAGUGACGUUGGAGCUUCACGACUGGGCUGAGGAACCGGAACAUGAGACUUUGCCCAUAGCUGAAAGGAUGGAAAUUGGAAUACGUCGUCGAUACCGCGGUAACUGGUGGUACGGGCGCGGCGAGGCUCAACUAGCGGUACAGCUGUACCGGCGCGCCCUGGACGUGUUAGACGAAAGCGAAGGCGGCAUUACUGACCCCACAGCGAGUGGCGAGUUGGCUCCAACGCCGGAUGACCUCAUGGCUUUGCUGGAUGAGCGGAUGAGGGUCUACAAUAACAUGGCUGCUGCACAGCUGAAGGCUGGUGCUUAUGAUGCUGCUCUUCAGGCGGUAACCCGCGUUCUAACAUGCCAGCCAAACAACGCGAAAGCCCUAUACCGGAAAUCUCGGAUCCUCACAGCGAUGGGUAAGAAUUCGGAAGCCCUUGAAGCAGCUAAAGCCGCCGCUCUAGCAGCACCGGACGAUGUCGGUGUCCGCAAAGAGUUGCAGCGGUGCGAACAGAAGGCCACGAGAGACAGGUCUGUGGAGAGGAAGUUGGCUAAACGGAUGCUUGGAACCAGCGGCCAGGGGAAGGCUUCGCCAGAUAAGAAGCCCGGUAGAGCUAAGAUGCUGGUGUGGGUGAACAUCUACAUCGCAACUGAAAUCGAGAAGUAA